AUGAUGCUAAAUUCUUCUGGAGAGUUCAUGUUUGUGCUUCGUGGACUGAAUGACUCAAGGACAAACAAACACAUUUACUUUGCAUUUGGUCUUGUUGUUUAUAUGGUGACUGUGGUUGUAAAUCUAACUCUGAUUAUCACAAUCAUUCUGGAAAAAACACUUCAUGAGCCCAUGUAUCUGUUUAUCUGCAAUUUGUAUGUGAAUGGAAUAUGUGGUGCUUCUGCUUUCUAUCCAAAGAUUCUUGCUGAUCUUUUUUUAGACUCUAAUAUCAUUUCAUAUACAGGGUGUCUAAUACAAAUGUACAUAAUUUACUGUUAUCUUUUCAGUGAAUUCACAAGUUUAACAGUCAUGGCAUAUGACCGAUAUGUAGCCAUUUGUAAGCCUUUGGAUUAUCACAGCAUCAUGACACCCCAGAAGGUGGCAAAUUUGAUGGGUUUUACCUGGUUCUUCUCCUUUCUAGAAACAAUUAUUGGGGUUGCACUGGCAGCUCGACUACCUCUGUGUGGUAAUGUCAUUGAGAAGAUCUACUGCUUUAACUGGGAUGUUGUUAAGCUUUCCUGCAUAGAUGUCACUCUGAACAAUGUCUAUGGGUAUAUUCUAAUAUUUUCUCACUUUUCCCAAUGUGUGUUUAUCACUGUCUCAUAUAUUUGCAUUAUCAGGGCUUCUUUGCGUUCUAAGACGUGUCUGCCUCAUUUAAUCACCCUCAUCAACUUCACUAUUUCUGUGCUGUCUGAUUCUUUGUGUGCGCGCUAUGUACAAGGUCAGGAAGUGCAGGCUUUGUGGAAUAUCUUGGGAAUGGAGUUUCUUGUUGUACCUCCUCUUCUAAAUCCCAUCAUAUAUGGAAUAAGGGUGGCACAGAUUCGCAGCCGGUUUGUAAGAAUGUACAGCCAUAAAAUCAAUUUUCGUACAUCAGUAGCACACCAAGGGUAGAACCUGACUUAGUUU